AGGAAAUCACCGAGGAAGUUAUAGCGUGUGCAAGGUAUGGCGAACUUUCUGAGUUGGAAAACAUAUUGAAAUCAUGCCCUGUCGCGUAUCUUGCGUCAAGAGACACCUUUGGAAACACUGCAUUACACAUGGCAAGUGCGAAUGGACAUACAAAAUAUAUAAUACAAACAUUAAAAACUUUGGAGAGUGAUAUUGUUAACGCACAAAAUGAAUUGGGAAAUACGUCAUUACAUUGGAGUGCAUUAAAUGGUCAUAUCGAGAUAGUUACACUAUUGAUAUCCAGCGGGGCUGAUGUAAAGAUCAAAAAUAAAGCAGGAAGGACAGCAAUAUAUGAAGCACAACAAAAUAAUCACGAGAAAGUGGUGGAAUAUUUAUUAACUAAAAUGGAACCUGAAAAAGAACCUAAUGGAGAAGACGCUAAUGGAUCAUAG